CUUCACUUUCCUGAUAUCAGUGUCAGAUGAUCAUCUCCAGCACAAAUCUGCUGCUCCAUAGUUCACAGUAAUGGAAUAACUCUGCAGAUCGUUGUUGAAUCCUGGAUCAGGAAGUGACGCCGACUGGCUGAAGUCCACGAGAAGAUGAUGAGGGAGGAAGAGGAGGACAGAGCAGAGUCUGCAGGAUCCAGCUGUCCAUCUGUGAGGAGUGACCAGUCCAAAGAGAAACCUCCAAGGUUCAGUGCUGAACCUGGCCCAACGAGAGGUCAGAGGUCACAGUCUGCAGGAUCCAGCUGCCCAUCUGUGAGGAGUGACUGGUCCAAACAUCCACCUCCAGGCUUCAGUGACGAACCUGGACCAACGAGAGAGAGGAAGAAGAGUCGUGUUUGUGAGGAGGAGCAGCUGUCCUGCUGUGCUUUAUGUCAGGACGUCCUGAAGGAUAAAGUCUCUACCAGCUGUGGACACUGGUUCUGCAGACAGUGCAUCUCCUCAUACUGGGACCAGUCUGCUUCAUCAAGAGACUCCUCCUGUCCCCAGUGUGGCGAAAGAUCCAGAACCAGAGCUGGACUGCAGACCGCCAGUCAGAGCAGCUGUGUACAAACAGAUGUUGGUCUGCAGGAGGUUUUAGAUGAACAUAAGAUCAGUCUGAGGAGGAGAUGUGAACGUGUGACUGAAGGAAGUGAUGAAACAGGAAGUAGAACCCUCCUCAACAGGAUCUACACUGAGCUCUACAUCACAGAGGGACAGAGUGAAGAGGUUCAUACCCAACAUGAGGUGUGGCAGCUGGAGACAGCUUCCAAGAUGGACGCCCUCCAUGACGCUCCAAUCAGGUGCCAGGACAUCUUUAAAGCCUUACCUGACCAACAGAGACCCAUCAGAGUGGUUCUGACCAACGGCGUGGCUGGUGUUGGAAAAACCUUCUCAGUGCAGAAGUUCACUCUGGACUGGGCAGAGGGCUUGGAGAACCAACAUGUCAGUGUGGUGGUUCUGCUUUCAUUCAGGGAGCUGAACCUGAUCAGAGAUGAGCAGUACAGUCUUCUGGAGCUGCUCCAUGUUUUCCAUCCAACAUUACAGAAGGUCACAGCAGAGAAGCUGGCUGUCUCUCAGCUUUUGUUCAUCUUUGACGGCCUGGAUGAAAGCAGACUUUCAUUGGAUUUCACCAACAGGAAGCUGGUGUCUGAUGUCACACAGAAGUCAUCAGUCAGCCAGCUGCUGACAAACCUCAUCCAUGGGAAUCUGCUUCCCUCGGCUCUCGUCUGGAUAACUUCCCGACCUGCAGCAGCCAAUCAGAUCCCUCCUACAUGUGUUGACAGGCUAACAGAAGUACGAGGCUUCACUGACGCCCAGAAGGAGGAGUACUUCAGGAGGAGAUUCAGUGAUGAAGAGCUGUCCAGCAGAAUCAUCUCCCACAUGAAGACAUCCAGGAGCCUCCACAUCAUGUGUAGUAUCCCAGUCUUCUGCUGGAUCACUGCUACAGUUCUGGAGCACAUGUUAACUACAGAGCAGAGAGGAGAGCUGCCCAAGACCCUGACUGACAUGUACUCAUACUUCCUGCUGGUUCAGACAAAGAGGAAGAAGAACAAGUACCAUGAGGGACAUGAGACGAGUCCACAGGAGCUGACAGAGGCUGACAGGGAAGUUCUUCUGAAGCUGGGGAGGCUGGCGUUUGAACAUCUGGAGAAAGGAAACAUCAUGUUCUACCAAGAAGACCUGGAGCAGUGUGGUCUGGAUGUGACAGAGGCCUCGGUGUACUCAGGAGUUUGUACAGAGAUCUUCAAAAGAGAGUGUGUGAUCUUCCAGAAACCAGUCUACUGCUUUGUUCAUCUGAGCGUUCAGGAGUUUCUGGCUGCAGUCUACAUGUUCCACUGUCACACCAACAGGAAGACAAAGGUGCUAAAGCACAUCUUGUCAGAGUCAUUUAAAGAGAAGAUUUUUUGGGUUGUUCGAUUUGUUUCAUCUCUGGAAACUCUUCAUCACUUUGAUAAUAAUUUCUUCCCCUCUCUGGACAUCCUUCUGAGCAGAUUCUUGGAGAAAUCCCUCCAAAGUAAAAAUGGCCACCUGGACCUGUUUGUUCGCUUCCUUCAUGGCCUCUGUCUGGAGUCCAACCAGAGACUCUUAGGAGGUCUGCUGGGUCAGACAGAGAUCAGUCCAGAAACCAUCCAGAGAGUCAUCAACAACCUAAAGAAGAUGAACAGUGAUGAAUCCUCUCCUGAUAGAAGCAUCAACAUCUUCCACUGUUUGAUGGAGAUGAACGAUCUCUCAUUAUUUCAGGAGAUCCAAGAGUUCCUGAAGUCAGAAAACAGAUCAAAGAAGAAACUCUCUGAGAUCCACUGCUCAGCUUUGGCCUUCAUGCUGCAGAUGUCAGAGGAGGUUCUGGAUGAGUUGGACCUGCAAAAGUACAGAGCAUCAGGUCAGGGACUACUGAGACUGAUUCCAGCUAUGAGGAACUGCAGAAAGGCUCGACUGACUUAUUGUGGACUCUCAGAGACUCAUUGUCAAGCUGUGGCCUCAGCUCUGAAGUCCAACCCCUCCCAUCUGACAGAGCUGGACAUCGGUGGAAACGAGCUGCAGGAUUCAGCAGUGAAGCUUCUGUGUGCUGGACUGGAGAGUAAAAACUGUCGACUGGAGACUCUGAGGUGA